CAAGCAGAUGGACGACGGAGAUACCUCCAACUACCAGAGCAACGGAGAGUUCGACCUGAUGGAGUUCUCCGCCACCAGGAACAUUACGUAUUAUUCGUGUUGUCCAGAGCCCUACCCUGACAUCACCUACACCAUCAAGAUCAGAAGAAGACCCAUGUUCUAUGUCUUCAACUUAAUUCUGCCGUGCGUUCUCAUCAACGGCAUUGCGCUGCUGGUGUUCUACGUUCCGAGCGAAUCCGGGGAGAAGGUGACCCUGGGGAUCUCGUCCCUUUUAUCUAUGACUGUUUUUCUCAUGACGAUCCGGGAGAGCCUCCCCCCGACGGAGAAGACGCCUCUCAUAAGUAUGUACUACGGCGUUACAAUCUGCCUCGUCAGCUUCGCCUCUGGGCUGUCAGUGCUGACGCUGAACAUACACCACCGGGGAAUCAGAGGGCUGGAGGUUCCCACUGUGGUCAAAAAAGUAGUUUUAGGAGGAAUGGCCCGACUCGUCUUCCUCCAUUUUGAGCCCCAGACGUCUGUCAAGGAUGAUAAGACCAUCCUACAAAACGAUUUAAGACCCGAACCCUGCGGUCGCACGGACUCCAUGAGCAUGGAAAAAAUCCACAUCCGCGAGUUAGAUGUGACAGAUAACUUCCGCAUGUCACCGAGAUCUGCCCAGAGGCAGCAAAUGGGUCCCAACAACGAUACCCCGACAGCCACGCCUACAGCAACACAGGUCACAGAGUUCGAGCAGCACUUCGUCCGCGUUCUGAACAAGGUCUACCAGACGAUCGAGAAGAACGAGAUGCGUCUCGGAGAGCACGACAGACGGGAGGCAGUUAGGGUCGAGUGGCAACAGGUGUCCCUGGUGUGCGAUCGCGUCCUGCUGGCCUGCUUCUUGCUGUCGACAGUCAUAGCGACGACGACUAUACUAUUUUCCUCGCCCCACGGUCCUUGACAACAUCUCUGUCGCGUUUCUAGCAGAGUCAGCGAAA